AAAGUGCACGAACUAAAUGAAACACGAAUAAAAAAAAUGCUGCCUGCAGCUUAUUUAUUAUGAUGAUCCUAGAACAAGAAUAAUUCGAAAGAAUUAUCUAUUUGCGAUUUUCUAUUUACUGUAGUGUUUCUAUUUCAGUGAUUUAAAUUAUCUAGUGUUUAAUUAAUUUGCGUUUUACAAGGUAUUAUGAGUACAUAGGAAUCGCGACAUCGUUAACAACAAUGGUGAAAUCGUUCUGAUUACAGUUUAUCACAGCAACGACAUACUAACCAAAAAAAAACAUGAGCUUUUUCGGCUUUGGCCAGAGCGCCGAUAUUGAUGUCGUCCUAGACGGACGCGAAACUCGAAAAUAUGCCGAAAUCAAAGCUGAAGAUGGUAGAAAAGAGAAACACUUGCUAUACUACGAUGGCGAAACAGUCAGCGGAAAGGUUGAUAUUGUACUCAAGAAACCAGGAAGUAAACUCGAGCAUCAAGGUAUUAAAAUAGAAUUCAUCGGACAAAUCGAACUAUAUUAUGACCGAGGUAAUCAUCACGAAUUCGUAUCGUUAGUCAAAGAGUUGGCUAAACCAGGAGAACUUAAUCAACGCAAUACGUCUUACACUUUCGAAUUUGUAAAUGUGGAAAAACCAUACGAAUCGUAUACUGGUGCUAAUGUUCGUUUAAGGUACUUUUUACGUGUUACCAUCGUGCGACGAAUCUCAGAUAUUAUUAAAGAGAUAGACAUAAUUGUACACACGCUGUCGUCAUAUCCAGAGAUGAAUAACAGUAUCAAAAUGGAGGUGGGCAUAGAAGAAUGUCUGCAUAUCGAAUUCGAAUACAAUAAGUGCAAAUAUCAUUUAAGAGAUGUGAUCGUUGGUAAAAUAUACUUCUUGCUGGUGCGGAUAAAAAUCAAGCAUAUGGAGAUCGCCAUUAUCAAGAGAGAAACAACCGGCUCUGGGCCGAAUAUGUUCACCGAAAAUGAAACUAUCGCUAAAUACGAAAUCAUGGACGGUGCUCCAGUACGAGGAGAAAGUAUACCGAUCCGUGUAUUCUUGGCAGGGUACGAAUUGAGUCCGACGAUGCGCGAUAUAAAUAAAAAAUUCUCCGUUAAAUACUACUUGAAUUUAGUCCUAAUGGACGAAGAAGAUAGGCGAUACUUUAAGCAACAAGAAAUCACGCUUUGGCGUAAAGGCGAAAAAUUACAUAGAAAUUCGUCGCAAGUACACCAUGGACCGUCACAUCUAGUAGCCAUGGAGGGUGGUCCUAAAGGCUCCGAGCCUCCUCGUUACGAUCCAAUUUCGACCCCCAGCGAAGAAAACAGACCGGAAGAAGACGAUGCCAUUUCUCCUACAAACGACGAUUAAGAAUCGUCGCGUUGUACAUAGAUACCAGAAAAGUUAACACAUUACGUACCUCUCUAGAUGUAAUAGAAAGAUAUUUAAUUUCCGCCUUACUUAAACGUGUGUCGUGUGUGUAUAUUCAUUAUACACACUCUGAUUCUCGUUCGUUUCGUUUUGUCUGCACAGUUGUUUUUUUGAAAAGGACGUGUGCUUAAUAAAUUAUUAUUUGUACCGUGUUGUAAUGUGGUUUUUUAUAAUAGGCCUAGUUAUUACAAUUUUUUUUUAUUUCGUUACAAUGUUACAUAGUUUACGAUGAUCGAACUCGCGUAAGCUGUGCCGUUACCAAUUUAGUUAUUUUAUAAUGUUUAAAUUUGUAAAUCAUCCUAGUGAGAUGUCUUUUUCUUGAACUGGUUUCAAUCGAAUGAAAGUUUACGAGUUGUUUUAUCGUUGCCAUUGUCCAAUUUAGUUCAACUUCUUUCCUUCUUCCUUUUUACUAUACCGAUGGUAUUAUUUCAUACGUAGGCCUAUGUACCCGCGGAAUAGUUUUAGGGUAAUUUAUUAAUUUUUUUCUCCUUUUUUUUUUUGGUAGCCUUGUAAUAUUCCCAUAGAAUUUAUCCAACGCCAGAUGAACGACCUCUUUCGUUGAAUUUUGUAAAUUUGUUACUACUUCAUGUACAUUAACGAUUAUUUAUUUAUAAUAUCGGGUUUUUUAUAUAUCGUAUUAUUUAUUAUUAAUUUCUCUCAUUUUAUUACAAUUUUUUUUUCAGUUUUUAAAAAAACAAACGUUAUAUUGAUUAUUUUUUAAUAUUAUUUUUUUUUUAUUCUUAUACAGUAUAACGUUAUCAUUCUAUUCUAUUGUAUUAUAAAGAAAAAACAUAGCCGUAGUAGAAUAAUCGAUAUUAUUAUUCCCUCAUUAACAUCGAUAUGAAGUGUAAAAGAAAAUAUGAAGUGGGCUUUUCAACUUGAUGCGGAUUUGACUGCCAAGGAGACUAAAGCAAAUUUGAAAUGAAACAGAAUUUGACAGUUUUUGAACGUUUACUUAUUUCAGGUGUUACAAUUCAUCGAUCAUCCGAAUGAACGUUUUAAAAUUGUUAAAUUCUGUUUUAUUUUAAAUUUUCUUCUAUAUCGGUGGUAGGCAACUCCGCCUGAAGCUAUGCAAUCCGCAUAAAGUUGAAAAGCUCAGUUGAAUUUUAUUACGAAAUGUGGUUGUACGCGUAAUUUGAAUAUUCAUCUGCCCAAAUUAGUACAUUACAUACUGUAUUUAUUUAUUACAUAUUUUUAUGGUGGUACCUACAAAGUAACCGUUGAAUUUGCAUUUGUGUGUGCGUUUUUAUUUUGUUCGAAUACUUUUACGUAUGUUUCGUCGAUUUUAUUAUGUACAUUUUCGACAAUUUUAAUAAAUUAUUACUUAAUGAAAA